AUGGAUGUCACCAUCGUUGGGCUACAGAAUGCGGGCAAGACUUCUUUACUGAGGGUUUUGGCUGGAGGGGAAUUUACUAUUGAUUCCAUCCCUACAGUAGGAUUCAAUAUGCAGCGCGUACAGAAAGGCCACGUCACCCUGAAAUGCUGGGAUCUAGGCGGCCAACCCCGCUUCCGCACAAUGUGGGAACGCUACUGCCGAGACGUCAAUGCCAUGGUAUUCGUCGUCGACGCUGCAGACCGAGACGCCAUACCUGUCGCUCGCGAAGAGCUGCACAUCUUACUCUCCAAGCCGUCGUUGGCAGGGAUCCCACUGUUGGUGCUGGGGAACAAGUCGGAUCUGAGAGGCAAGAUGUCGGUGGAUGAGCUGAUUGAAGCGUUGGAGUUGAAGAGGGUGACGCAUCGGGAGAUCAGCUGUUAUGGGAUUAGUGCCAAGGAAGAGACGAACUUGGAUGCCGUGCUGCAGUGGUUGAUAGCUAGGUCUGGGAAAUGA